AUGGAGGUUCAUAAGCUGUGGGAGUACAAAGAGUACAUCAACGUGAACGGUAUGAUGUUAACAAAUGAACUGAUAUCAUUCUUACAAAAUUCUCUGACACUGUUGCAAGUGGAGAACCAUUUCAAGCACAUCCAAUAUUGGGGACAGUUGUACGCCGUGGACGCCGAUUACCAUAUCGCUUGUGGCAUUAAUGAUGACGCUAUACUAGACAGAAAAUAUUACUACUCGACAGAUUUCAAGUUCUGGGGAUUGUUGCCAAAGGCAAAAAAGAAGUAUAAGCACCUAUCUCUUCUUGCUACAUUUCCUUUUAGAGGUGAACCAUCUCUAAAACUCAAAGUCCUUGAUGAACAAUUAGAAGAAAAUAAUCCUGAAAGAUGCCUAAUCAUGUCCGAAGAGAAUCGUUUGGCUGCAACUAUUAGCAAUAUAUGUGAGGAAGCGGAAAUAUGUGCGCGUGGGCAACUGAUAAAGCAACCAUCUGGUACGGUAGUUACUAACCCCAAUUUUUAUGGCCUAACCGCUGCAGAAGGGAAGCAUUUGAAGUCGUACUUGCAUAUCAGACUUGCCCAACAUCGCUGGAACACCAAUCUCCUCACAAGACAAGAUUAUAACUACAGCAUGGACUUUCUAGAUUCUGUUGAUCAGGACAUCCCCAAUGGCUGUUGGAAUCUCUCACUGGAAAGAGGGGGUACAGUGGCGUAUUUGAGAAGUCUUUAUUGGCCAGGAAUGACGUAUUUCCAUAAAAUACGAACACAAGACGCUGGUUUUCUAUACGUUGGCAAUGGUCGCAAGAAUUUGGAUGUACCGUUUUUACUUUAG